AUGAAGGCAAUCGUCAAUAAAUACCAUAAGCUUCGCACGCUUUUCACCAUGGGCAUAUCCGGUGACGAAUACAAGUAUGUCUUGGAUUCAGAAAGUGAUGCAGACACCCCGAUCGAUGAGCUUGCUCGAAUUUAUGCAAAUGCUGCCGUCCUUAAUGAUACAUUCAAUAAUAUCGAUUCAUCCGACUAUGAUGCUUGUCAGAACUUGCUACAUGAUUGUCUCGCGCACAGAGAGCAAACGUUGGCUUGGUAUGGAAGUAGAUUAGGCGUCAAGGCAGGACCUUUCGAGUGUGAAAAAGGAGACAUUCUUUGUACAGGGCUGCCAUCAACAGAUGAACUAUUUGGACCCCCUUAUCGGUUUCUUUCGCUUGAUAUCGCGAGAGCUCAUUUUGUCUUUUGGAGUGCGAUGUUGACCAUUCAGCCAUUUAUCUAUCAUGUCAAAGCUAUGAUUCGAGCUCAAACAGACAUGGGGUCUCCAAUUGAGCCAUCCCAGGAUGACGACUAUCUUAUCGCGGGAUGGUUUGCCGACCAAGUAGUUCGGACUAUGCCGUUUUGCGUACAGGAUAAGUACAAGUUAUCUGGAGCUCAUAUCCUUAUCUUCCUUACGGGUCAAAUAGCCAAGAUAUACAACGACCUUGGCUACGCUAGGAAAAUGGCCUGGUGUCUGGAAGCAUAUGGACUUUUAGCGAAUCUCGGUUUCAACGCCGGAAACCAUUUGAAGGAAUUGGUGUGGGAACAGUGGGGAAAUGCACAUAAAUCUGAUCUGAAUACCUCGGUGAAAGAAGAAUCCAGGAGAAGUGUCAGGGGUCAUGGUGUACCUGCAUUGCAGAUAGCGCAAUGCAGUCUAGAUUUGCAGAGUCUGAAGACGCUAGCUAUUCCGGAUAUUAUCUUCUUGCCAGCUCCGGAGCCAACGUCACUUGAUAUUCCAGAAAUCACAGGACCUUGUCAAUAG